AUGGAAAGUUAUCAUCUGAACACCACUAAUGGAACACAAUAUACCACUAAUUAUUCACAAAUAAUGACUCAUCCCAAGAGAUAUACCAGAUGGAAUUAUUGUCCUCAAUACUGGAUGCAACAAAUUGUGUUGCUGCAAGUUAACCCUGGAGAGUCCCUUAUCAUCAAGUCUGAUAAUGGGAACAUUCAGAAUAUUCAAGGGCCUGCUGAUGUACCUCUGAUGUCAACAAGUGGUACUUUGCCACCAAUAUAUCUUCCUCCUGGUUAUAUGUCUCAGGUAGUGGAAGAAAAUGGGAUUCACAAAAUUAUCAUUGUGCCUCAGACAAUUAACUAUAACGUAGCCAUACCUGCUCCUAUAUCACAUUUCAUUACCCCAUCCAUUACUUCGUAUCCACAAGCACCUCAGCUGAUGUACCUCCCAGCUCAAGGAGAAUUUCCACCACCUUACAACCAAGAGCCUGUGCCACAGCAGCCGCCACCACCACCACCACCAUUUAUAUACCACAAGCACCAUGAAACCUAUUCCCAUGGAAGAGCAAAUUAUGGCCAACUUGAUGAAAGGGCUGCUAAAAUGAAAGAACAUAUGAAGAAAAAUAUGAGAAAACUCCAAGUUGGUAGACAUAGGAAUAAUAGUGAUAUGCUUAACAGGACCUCUUUGCUUGUGAGCAAAACUGAUGAUCUUUCCAGUAUUCCUGUUACUCCAAGCACUCACACUGUGGAAUAUGCUCCAAGCACCUACACUGUUGAUAAUACUUCAAGCAUUUACACUGUGAACAAUGCUCCAAGCACCUACACUGUUGACAGUGCUCCACGCACUUACACUGUUGACAGUACUUCAAGCACCUACACUGCGGACAAUGAUCAAUGCACCUACAAUGUGAACAAUGCUCUGAGAACCUACACUAUUGACAACACUUUGAGCACUUACACUAUGGACAAUGCUCCGAGUACCUAUACUGUGAAUAAUAAUCAGAAUGUUCACACUACUGACAAUACUCUUAGUACUUACACUGUUAACCCUUUGAGCACUUGCAUUGCUGACAAUACUCCCAGCAAUUCUACUGACCAUACUCCUAGUACUUCCACCACAGACAUUGCUCUGCCUCCUUCUACUAAUGAUAGUACCUCAAUCCUUUCCAGCACGAAUUAUGCCAAGACUUUCACCUCUAACAGUGCACCCAGAUCAUCACCUUUUAUCAGUACUCCAAGCUCUUCCAUUUCUGACAGUGAUCCUAACACUCCCAUCUUUGAAAAUGCUCUCAGCAUUUCUGUAACUGAUAGUGCUUUCAGUGCUUCCGAUACUGCCAGUACAUCCAACACUGCCAGUGUUCACGAUGAGAUUAGUCAUGGAAAAAAACAGAGUGCCAUGAUAAGCAAAGAUAUUAAGCAGAAACCAGGUGGAAAACAAAGCAACAGCCCAUCAUCAAAUGCAGCAGAAAGAGAAUGCAGAACAGAACAUGGAAAGUCAUGCUGUUUUGGCAUUGAGAAACCUAUAGUUUCUGAUAUUCAAACAAGAUCUGCUAUUAUUUCAUGGAAACCGCAUAGUUCUGAAAAAUGUAAUCAUGCCAAAUCUCCUGUAACAUUUGAAUUGGCAAUAUGUAACAGCAGUAAAAAUGGAAAAUAUAAAAAUGUGUACACUGGUGAUGGAGUUGCCUUUACUCUACUUGAGCUACAACCAUCCAUGGACUAUUUUGUAAGAAUUACAACCAUAAGAGGCUCAACACACAAAACUGUAUCCGAAGUGGUUAGCUUCACAACUCCAGGCUGCGAACCAGACCCUCCACUUGCACCCACACUAAUUAACCGAUCGAAGAGCAGCCUGAAUUUACAGUGGAAAGGUUCCAAUGAUAAUGGUUCCAAAAUAAACAGCUUCCUUUUGGAAUGGGAUGAGGGAAAAGAUGAAGACUUCAAAAUUUGCUACAUAGGUACCAUGAAACAGCACAAGAUCCUUAAACUGAAUGCUUCUACAAAAUAUUCAUUCAGAUUAGCUGCCAAAAAUAAUUUUGGCUUGAGUGAUUUCAGUGAUCUAGCAGUCUUUUAUACAUCAGGAACUAUGCCUCCAGCACCUUUACCCCCUAAGCUAAAAGAAGCAGGAGUCUGUCAUUUGUCACUCGAAUGGUGUGCCCCAACUAACACAAACCUCAAUGACAGCCUUACUUAUAUACUAGAAAUGGACGAAGCAGGAUCUGGGUUGGGUUUUAAACCUAAAUAUAAUGGAGAAGACCUCUCAUGCACUAUAAGAAAUCUUCAGAGAAGUACUACAUACAAGUUUAGGAUAUUUGCUUGCAAUAUGGAGGGAAGGAGUAACCCCAGUGGAGAGGUAAAAUAUACUACCUGUCCAGAUAAGCCUGGAUCCCCUAAAAAACCAUAUAUAAAGGGAAAGAUUCAUGCACAUAGAGCAAAAAUUGGUUGGGAACCACCCAAAGAUGAUGGUGGGACAUACAUUUUAAGUUACAGUUUAGAAGUUAAUGAAAAUUCGGAUGGGAAUUUCUGGAACAUAGUCUACAAUGGAACCACAAGGGAAUUUCUAUAUGAUCACCUGCAACCUGGUACUACAUAUAAACUGAGAGUCUUUUGCACUUCUUCUGUAGGUCAAAGCCAGCCUUCAGGCAUAUUGACUAUUCAAACACCUACUCUUUCUCCUGCAUCUUGCCAUCCUCCACCCUUGAAUGGUAAGGCGAAGUCCCAACAAACCAACAUCCAAUGUGAUAAUCCUCCUACUAAUGGAAACUCUAAAGCACUUGCAUAUGUCAAAAAGGCAAAACAGAACCAAGAUGACAUACAAGGGCGCAUAUUCGGAUCUCAUUCAACAAAGUGUGAAACUAUGCCAGGCCCAAGCCCUCCUUCUCAGUGUGGUACACCUGUGCUUGCCUGCAAAGGGUCAACCUGUGUUGUUGUUAGUUGGAAAAUUCCUGUAUGUAAUGGUGCUGAAAUCACUGAUUAUAGACUUGAGUGGGGACAAAUUGAAGAAUCGAUGCAUUUGAUUUACACUGGCCCUUGUCUGAGCUAUGAAGUUAAAGGUCUCAUUCCAGCAACUACCUAUUUUUGCAGAGUUCAGGCUAUAAAUAUAGUUGGAGUUGGACUGUUUGGAGGAACUGGUAUAGUAACCACACCAGCAACUGUACCAGCAAUAGUACCAAAGUUACAUGAAGUUAAAAACAAAGUUUCUGCCAAAUUGGCAUCAUCUUGCAUUGCUAUUCAAUGGGAGAAACCAGACUGCCAUGGUUCUCCAAUCAUUGGAUAUAAUAUUGACUAUGGAGACAGAAAAAUGUUGACUGUUGGUAGAGUAACAGACUGUGUUCUGAAAAAUCUACAGCCUGACACCACAUACAAAAUCAGAAUUCAAGCUAUGAAUUAUUAUGGACGAAGCCCAUUUAGCCAUUCAUUAAGAACCAAAACCAAGCCACUACCACCUGAGCCUCCACAUCUUUACUGUGUGGUCUAUGGACACCAGAGCCUCAAACUGAAGUGGGGUAACUCUUUAAACAAAGGGUUACUCUCCAACCUUAUAAGCUAUAAUUUGUUAAUGGAAGAUCAAUCUGGCAGAUUUUCUAUCGUUUACCAUGGAUCUUGUCAGACUCACAAAGUGCAAAGACUGAGUGAAUAUACUCAAUACAAAUUUAAAAUUCAGGCAUGUAAUGAAGCUGGUGAGGGACCACUGUCUGGUAUCUAUACUUUCACUACAACCAAAACUCCACCAGCAACACUUAAAGCACCUAAAUUACAUCAGGUGAAUAGCAGUGUUUGUGAGGUCAAAUGGGAGUCUUUGGAACCAAUAAAAGGAGAUCCCAUUGUUUACAGUCUUCAACUCAUCAGUGAAAAAGGAACUGUCCUGAUUUACAAAGGACCAGACACUUCAUUCUCCUUUUCCAACUUUCUCACAAAUUCACAUUAUCGCUUCAAGGUCUGCGCCGGACGCCAAUAUCAGAAUUCUGCCGGCUUACAACAGCUCUGGGGACCAUAUAGUCCCAGUGCUCUUUUCUCAGCUCAUAAGCAACAGCCAAGGACCAGCAAAGAAGGUAGAGGAAAGGGUAGAAAGUGCCCUAGUGAAGGUAAAGAUGAAAAGCCCAGGAUAAAGAUGGACAAUGAUAUGUUUAUUCUAAUCCUUGUGAUACGAUUUGCACUAAUCGCCAUUCUGUGCGCUGUCGCAGUUAAACACUUCCUAAUCAACUAA